AUGGAGAGAGACUUCAAAGGUAUAGUGAAGUUGAACAACUACUUAAUUUACUGUUCAAAAGAGUGUGAAAAGAUCAAGAAUGAAGAAGAAGCCAGAGAAAGUUCUUUUAAGGGAGAAAUAGACAGUCUACGGAAGAUGUUAGAAGAAAAAGAUACAUACAUCAAACGGCUUAAAAGAGGCAGUCAAAAUUAUGAACAUUUGGUUCUAGAUGCAGAAUCAAAAUUUCUUGAAAAACUCGAAAAUCAGCAACAGGAAAUGAAAUUGUUAAAAACUAAAUUAGUUAAUUCUAAAAAAAUGAAUGAGGAAUUCGCCCUUGCAAUCUCGGAAAAGGAUUCGGCCUUAACUAAAUUGGAAACAAAAGCAGAGGAAUUGGACAGACUAAGUAAAAAUAUGGUAACGACCAUUAGAGUUUUAGAAAGAGAAAACGAUGUGUAUGCAGAUGAUUCGAAGAGGCUUGAAAAUGAGAAGGAGAACUUAUUAUCAGAAUUGAAAAAAACAAUAGAAGAACUAAAUCAAAUAAAAGAAAAAAAUUAUGAUCUUCUUAAAAAUAUGAAAAAACUUGAAGAAGAUAACAAAUUAUGCAGGAAUGAGCUUCAAAAUUGGCAUAUAAAAGCAAAAAGUGUAGACACUGUCAAAAAUUAUGAUCUUCUUAAAAAUAUGAAAAAACUUGAAGAAGAUAACAAAUUAUGCAGGAAUGAGCUUCAAAAUUGGCAUAUAAAAGCAAAAAGUGUAGACACUGUCAAAAAGUCAGAUCACAUAAGCACAAACAAUAAUAAACAGAAAAAAGUUCUGAUUGUGUCAGACCAAAUGGGAAGAGGACUAGAUAGAGAACUAAGAAGGCGUUACAAGGGAGAAAACACCUCGAUUGAGAUUAUUCUGAAACCAGGGGCCCAGUAUAACAGAAUAAUAGAAGAUUUGGAAAAUUUGACAAAAAAUUUCACUGAGGAAGACUUUGUUAUCAUCUCAGCAGGAAUCAAUGACUUUCUAGCACAUAAGUAUCCUAGUAUUAAGCUCAUCAAUGCAAAACUAAAAAAAUGUAACAAUACUAACCUAAUAUUCCUUUCAACCCCUAUCUCUAGCUCUAGUCCAAAACAAACUUUGAAAUUCAACUCAAAACUGUGUGACUUUUUGAAUGUUGUGAACCAGUAUCAGGACCAGUACAUUUCCUUCUUGAAUACUAAUGAUUUUGAUGGUCGCAAAAAAAGCAAUUUUAAAAUAUCAUGUUUAUUAAAAGAUGAAAUGAAGCUAAGGAAAUCAUGUAUCAAAAAUUUAGUGUUUAUAAAACCACGAUUUUUGACGACGAAACUAUUGAGCAGGCCGAUGUUGACGUAA